AUGACGUGCAGUUGGGGACAGGUCGCACCCAGCGGCGCUCUUGCCUCAGCGCGAACGUCUAGCAGGUGCACUCGACUGCCCGUGUUCCAGUGGUGUGCGCAAGAGCCCGCUGCAUUGAGCCUAGAGACACCGCCAAAAACCCUCUUUCGUAUCACUGGCCCAUAUCCUGCUUGGGAGAGAGAGCGCAUUCCUCUCGUCUGGCGUACGUGCAGCGGCAGCGGAAAGUGCCUACCCCAAAAUACCGCUGCCGCCGUGGUUGCUUCCGCGACUCACAACCUCAAGGCCUUCAAACGUUCUGGUUCCCUCGCGCGUCGGCUACGGCUCCUACGACUGUGUCUGCUGACGCAGCCUCUUACGGAAAACGUGCUCUGUCUUCCGCUCAUGUCCGUGGAGGAUGUGUCGGACAUCGUUUUCGAAGAGGAGAAGCUGAAGUUUGUACAACUCGGCCGCCUCGCUGAACCUUCCAUCCGAGCAGAGGCGGUGCAAAAACCCCGAGGUGUGCUCGAUCUCGGAAAGUCUCUGGAAGCAGCUGCGCCAACAGCACCAACAGAUGAGCUCUCGGAACGACACUACCUCUGGCAGAACCAUUGUGUAGUUGCAGCACCGUUGAAUGUACUCCUUUUGGCCACUGAGGACCGUCUGGUUCGCCUGCCACUGGCAGAGACGCUUGCUGCCGCCCAGCAGUACCAGAAACCAGAGCUACUGCGGGAGAACCCGUUUCCCGAAUGGGACGAGACCCUACCGGGCAAGAGUGGCCCAGCGAGCACCGUUCGUUCUGCUCCGUUUGAUACGAACACGUUCGGUGCAGUCUGCGACUUGCAGGUAAACGUGGACCUGGCUGUUGUCGCUGUGAAUACGACUCGGGGGCGGGUUCUCCUGUACACGCUCUCCGACUUGCGCUUGGCACGAGUGCUGCCAGAUGCGUUUGAUCGCUUAUGGUGCUGGAUACCGGAGACGCCGGCGGGUGCCGUGCUCACGAGACGAGCGGACCGUUGCGCAGCUGUGGUAGCAGACAUCGUCGAAGCAUCGACCAAAGCCCAAGUACUCGAUGUACCCGCGGUACAGACACUCGUCAUGGUUCCGGGGAGCAAUGUUGUGCUGUGCCUCGUGUUCAAGAAUCAUCAGUGGAGCUGCGUUCGUCUCAGGGUGCGUAGCCAGAGCGUAUCAGACGCUACAAACGUCACAGUGGAUUCGCUGGACACGACCGUCUUGCAGACUGCAGGAAAGUUGCAGGCCAUCUGCCGAAUGACGCCUUUGAAUGCCUCCGAGUUCAUCAUCGCGUACACGGAGCAGGACAGUCUACUUGUGUCUCCGGAUACGAUCCAGUUCGCUCUGGUGCGUCUCGCUGGAGUCGAAACGUCCCUGCGCGGCACGCCCGAAGCAUCCCAGGUGACAUCGUUUCGCGCCCCGCACUGGAUCACUUUCGGAGAAGUCUGUCCCAUUUUGUUGGAUGAUGAGGAGGAUAGGAGCCGCUGGUUCACUUUCCUGGUGGCGCUCCCCGGAUGGGGUCUUUGUGUGUGCGCGUUGGCACCUAGCGAUGAACUGGAGCUUUUGGGAGAUAGCCGCUUUCAAGAAUCCGUGCCAGCUUGGCGUAUUUUGCGUCCGCCUGACGCGUACCGAGCACAGUUACCCGCUUUCGAGAACAGUGAGUAUGUGCGGAUUCUCGGCAUGGAUGUGUUCUACCGAAAGAGCAGUGCGAGCGGGGACACACCCAGCGCUGAGGUUUUCGAGCCACUCCUUGUCGUCUUUACGAACAACGGACUUGUACAUUGGUUUUGUCUCCAGGGACGGGAGCGUUGUGCUGAGCGUCCCCCUCGAGAAAAAACAUGGGCUCGUGCACCCUUCUCGAAACGCUUGCUUACGUUGCCGCCGGCCACGACGACGACUUUGGAACUGCGUGAAUCUGCAUUGGACGAUGUUGCGGCAUCGCGGCGAGUCCCUGCUGCUGCGGACGUUGCCACGAGUACCGGUACGGCCACUAGGGCUCCUAGAGAUGUUGCCACUGCCACCGGAACUGAAGGCGCUACUACCCGGACUGGUACGCAUGCGACUGCCGCAUGGAACCAAGCACCCCCGCGGAUGGAAAUGUCGCUAUCCGAAUCCACGUCAGGAGCGCUCCCUGAGCAAGGCAGACAUCAGAUAGAUCCGGAACGUUCCGUUUUAGGCUCUAGACAAGAGACGGAGUACCUGAAGCAUUCAGCGGAACACCGCACGCAUUUUUCGAGCGAAGCCAGCCGAGCGGAACAGCACCAGCUCGUGAAAUCCAUCCUGCAGCUUGGUGUCACGGACACAGAGGCGGUACCAGUUCCCGACGCAGAUAUCCGUCAUGACGAUGAACAAAACAUAUUGAAACAAAUUCGUGAACAACAGCGAUUCAUGCUGCGACAGAUGUGGGCGACCGUGGAUCAGUUCGCACGGCUGGUUGACUUGUUUUCCGAUCAAGUCGAGGAACAAUCGUCUCGAAUGGACGCUUCGCCACAGCACGCCGCCCAGACGGCGUCGACACGCUCGCUACAGAGCCUCAGUGAACAAAUUCAUGACAUUCUGAAACAGAGCAACGAAUGUCUUGAUCAGUGUGCGGCAUCCAUAGGGCUUGUCUGGAAACAGGUGGCACCGCUCGAGCGUCAAGUUCAGCUGAUGCAGCGGGAAGCUACCUUAUCGGUUGCGUCCACGGACUCGGACCUUGCACUCGAUUCCUCGACCAGGCGGUUCCUUCAACACGUGCACCAGAUUGAACGUCAGGCGGAACGAGUGCAGGAGAUGGUGGACCACCUUGAACGCCUCCUGAGGAGUAGGCACGGGGGCGCGAGUUUGUCAUCACACCAACGGACUCUGUCAUCAACCGGCGUCACGGAAGCGAUGGGACAAUUACGAUACCAAUACGGGGAACGGCUGCGGCAGCUGUACGAGACGCUCUUCCGAUGCAGCGUAGCCACUGCGCAAGCGGAGCAAGCAUGGGAAGCCCUUGCAGCGCGAGCACAACGCAUCUCCGAACUGUUACAGGAUGAGAGGUUGCCGGCAGCACGGGCGGCGCUCCAGCGACUACUCUCACAGAACGACGACCAGGAACAGCAGUUUUACUCGGAGUUGUUCGCAGACAAGUUUCUGGUGCCACCAGGUGCACCCCUGUUGAGGAACGCACCCGACACCAGUUCCGACAGCAGAGCGAGCCCGACGUUCCCCAGAGCUGAGACGACGCUUCCGUCGUCGCUGCGAUGCAGUCGUAGUGCCUUGCAAAACAGAGUGCGGCAAGCACUGCGUCAUCAAGCAUUGAAACAAGGUCGUGAUGCUAUUGGUCUCGCGGGGCUGCAAACAAUUCAGCACUACGCGAGGAGCUGGAGUGUCUCAUCAACCCCGGAUCCGUCACCAGGGGCUUCCUUGUCACGUUCGUGUCGUCGCAGCGAGCCUCCUAGCAGCCAGACCAGAUCACCGUCGCAGCGUCUCGAGUUGCGACAGACAGCAGAUGCGAAAACUUUCCCCGAGGGAGCGUCCGUCGCUCAUGCAUCUGCAGCAGCAGUUACCGUCACUGGAACCCAAGCACGCGAUCCGGGUAUGCAUCCUGAUCGGAAAGCAGACGAGAUAUCUGUGCGAAGGACACUUUCGAUCGAGCGACCAGGUGCUGGUGAAAUAGGAUCGGAGCAUCCCAGUGCUUCAUCGUCGAUCACGGUGCCAUGGCGUUUGAAAACGCCGUCGCAAGCGUCCGCCAGUCAAGCGCCUGCCUCCAAUGAUGCUCCUGCUACCUCUAAUGACGCCCAACGUGUACGGCCUCAGAAUGGGAUCGCAUCGUCGAGAGAGCAAGCGCCGGAGCAGCUCGGUCAUGAUCUGAACCCUCUGGCGAAAGAGCAACACCGAGGGAAAGCAGCGAACGCUGGUUUCGAAGAUGCGCUGCAAGCGGUAUCUAGUCUCGAGAUGUCCAGCAAAACAGAAAGCAAGACGCCGCGCGAUACCUGCCAGCCAUCUGCCGAUAUUGAAGCGAAACCAGCAACAGGCACCGGACUCCAGGAAACAGCACAACGGAAAUCUGCAGGUUCACCAGUGCAAGUUUCCUGGACCAGAACACCGCAGAGCUCGCAGCCGCUCGAGGCUUACCCGAGUACGUCGUUUCGAAGCACUGCUGCUGCUGCUGCUGCUGCUGCCGGCAAGUUUGACGCCAAUGAACGCAGCGAUACGAAUUUGCCUGUAUCUCGUUUACCAGAGGAAACGGAACCUGAACAAGCCAAAAGCGAGACUUGGGCAUCGAAACACGCGGAACAAACGCUUGCUUCCGAUACCCAAACCGCAGCGCAGCGUAUAGAAACGACCACAUCGCUCAUGAUGCAGCCAGGCGUUGCAUCGACAAAGCCAGAGCCGAGGACGAAAGACAUCACCGCAAGCGCCUCCACUGAAGACGACACCAACAGUCGGAUAGAUCGUGCAUCGGACUCGGUAGCGCUGGCAUUGUCGCCAUCGUCAGCACCGAGCGCAACGCAAGCGCCAACACCCGUCGUACCCGGGAAGCAGUCCAGUGAAACCGGUGCCGCCAAUCUACCAGCGUUACCCGCCUCUACGCCUUUCGAGGGCAUACAUGCGUCAGAGAACGUACCACAGGUGCCUGAGGGUGCUCGUGCCGCCAUCCAGUUCGGGCUGGUGCAUCGUGAGCCUCCAGAGCGCCCCGCAGCACAGCAUACCACCUCGACGACUGGGUUCUUCGCGGGCCCAUCGGUGUUCACGAAUCAAGCUCCGAAACCAGUAUUCGGUGCACCUUCUACCCUGGGGAGUGGGUUUGGGUUCAAUGCACUGACACCGGGGUUUCCAGCUGCAAGCAGCAGCAGCAGCAGCAGCAGCAGCAUCCCAAGUACAGCGAGUUCGGUAUUCGCCGCGCCUGCUACGACCUCACCUGUGACGUUUGGUCAGUCGCUGGGCACGGGUACCGGAACGCCGCUGUCGUUUGGGGCACUCGCACAGGCACCGCAACCUCCGAGUAACCCGUUUGGAGCACAGCCUGCUACACCAGGUGCGUUCGGAGCCCAGGGGCCAACGAACCCUCGUCCAGUGGGGUUUGGGUUCGCCACUGUUGGCGCCCCGAACGACGCGGUAUCCACUGGGAGCCAGCCGCCCCGUGACAACACCAGUUGGUUCGGUGGCGUAUCGGCUGCAGCUGGAACGAAUCGCCGUCCGCUGCAGUCACCAGCUUUCACCCAACGUCGAGCUUGA